AUGUCUGGGGACCCCACCCUUCGGCGGGCCCGUAAUAUGACAUGGCAGAACUCUCAGUACGAAGCUAUUGCGUCUCAUAUAUCCCUAGCUGAGUCGUCUGUGGAGUCAAGGGUGGACUUUUUCCGUAAUACACCCGCCGACGAAUUGAUAAACAAGAUCCCCCCUGCCGGCCAUUGGAGUGCCGCGAUUGAUGGGACGUUCGUCAGAUAUGAUAUUACCAUUGGAAUUCUCUCCGACCCAAAUGACAAUAGAGGCAAGCCAGAUUGGUGUGAACAAAUAUUUGUUGGAGAUGCUGAGCAUGAUGCAACGUGCCUCCACGCGCGUGUUAUGUCUCUACCCCCUACCGAAUUAAUGAAACGUCUCCAUGGGGGCCUCGAGAGCACACUUUCCAUUUCUCAGUCGGAAAAAGUGCUAACGGAUUAUUCGCUCACCCCCAUGUAUCAGAACCCCAGAAUCCAGUCAGCAGAACCUCACUCCCAGUUCUAUGACAGCGUUCUGGAACUUGCGUCAGACCUUCGCUUUCAUUUGCCUAAAGUCAAAUUGGCAGAAGGGUUUGCGAAUCGCAGGUUAACGGGGUCGGGAUUGGCGAAAAAAGAAACCAAGUGGACAAAGUGUUGGCGCUAUGAGUAUCAUCAGUCGCUUCAAGAACGUCAACUAACAUUGCGCUUUAAGCCCAAUCCAAUCCUCGGUUCCAACUUCUCCAACUAUGCUGGCCACGAACAGGAGCUGGCUUUCCUCCUACAAAAUUUCCCAGCUCUGUCGUCAUUCUCCCAUUCAGGUCACUCCCCGCCUCAUGAGAUCCAAGAGAAAACGGCGGAAUUUGGAAAGAAUAUGGCAGCAGUGUGGAUAGGUUUCGCACACGGGGAAGGGAUCCACAGCCCAGGAAAUCGUAACCAGAAAGAGCAAACUGACGACAAGGUAUUAGUCAUGGGACCGAAUUACGAGUUCAAGUUUGUAGCCAAAGAUGAGUAUAAUAGGGAGUAUAGAAAAGGAAGAGUGGAAAAGUUGUGGGAACAUAUUCCGUGGCAGAGAUGGUUUGAGCUUGGGGAAAAGUUGCAAGGCUGUUAA